AUGCUCUCUGCCUCGCUGAUGGAUGCCUACCGUGACAAAUGCCCUGGGAUCCGCAUCGCCUACAGGACGGACGGCCACCUCUCCAGCCACUGGAAGAUGAAUUUCCAGUCGCGUGUAUCCACAAUGACUAUCCCCGAACUUCUCUUCGCCGACGACUGCGCCUUCAACGCCACCUCGGAACGGGCCAUACAUAGGAGCAUGGAUUUCUUCGCCGCUGUCUGCGACAAUUUCGAUCUGGUCACCAACACGGAGGAGGUAGUCGUGCACCAACCGCCACCCGACGCUGCCUACGUCGCAACCCAAGUCAACGUGAACGCCACUCAACUGCAACUCACAGAUAACUUCACCUACCCGGGCAGCACUCUCUUCCGCACCACCAAGAUCGAUGCUGAAGUGGCCCGCCGGAUCACCAAGGCUAGCGAAGCCUUCAGCCGUCUGCAAAACACAGUCUGGAAUCGCCACGGUCUCCACCUCAACACCAAACUGAAGUUGUACAAGGCGGUCAUCCUGCCAACGCUGAUGGAUAGGGCGGAGACCUGGAUGGUGCACAAAUAG